AUGGCGUCGUGGUACGCGAGCAUCGUCACCAAGACGUCGUCGCAAAUCUCCUCGCUGCGGUCCACGCUCCUCGCCGGCGACGCCGACGGCGACACCGACGACGACACGCACGUCUGCCGCGUCCUGCGCAACUACUACGCCGACAAGGGCCGGCCCAUGCCUCCGUGGCUGCCCGCCGACCCCAAGGCCGCCCAGCCGCCGCCCCAGGCCCUGUACGCCCAGCCCCAGCUCGGCGCGCGCUACGGCGCGCCCCCCAACAGCAGCAGCAGCAGUGCCGGCGGCCUCCCGGCUUCCUCUAGCCUCGCCAGCCUGUGGGACACCGGCUCCAGCCAGCAGCAGCAGCAGCAACCCCAGCAGAGCCUGCGCGCCGGCCGUGGUGCUGCCAGCAGCAGCACCAGGGAAGAGGUCGCGGCGCGGCCGCUCCCGAGUCAGCGCUCCGGAAGCUACCAGAGCGUCAGCAGCCAGCCGGCGGCGGCGGCCGGCGGUGGAGGUGCGACGGCGCAGGAUCGGUUGAAGCAGCGGCUCUGGGGCGCCGCGCGCGCCGCCAGCCCGGCGGCGCAGAAUCAGAAUCAGAACCCGUACGGGACGCCCCCGCCGCCGCAGGCCGGUGGAGGGCCGUAUGACGGCGGUCGCGGCCGGGGGGAUCCGUCUGGCCGAGGACAACCCGGGGGCCAACGACAAGGUCUGCCUAGCGGGCCGCGAGGGUAUCGGUAA